UUACCUGUGAGCAUGUGAGCGUGUGGUGGUGGGCCCGGGCAUGAAUCGCUUCAGUCAGCCAGAUCCCUGAGCUCGAACCUCGAGCGCCGGCAGUUUGCGCAGUGGCCUCGAAGCUGUAACAACAUCUCGCGUCCGCUACGCUCCGCUCCAGACAUCUCCAACUCUACCGGAGAGGGGAGAACAUCGUGAAAUCUCCGUACGUGUAACGUGUAACGUGUGUGGCAUCGAAUAAUAUCCGUAAUAUAUAGCAGGAGAGGCAGCAUUGCUAACCUUUUUGCCGUCGGAACUGAAGUGAACUGUUAUCGAAUGUGCUAAUUGCCUAAGCAAACGAAAAUGUUGCAGACCUCUGCGAAUUGAUCCGCAUCUCGGAUAAACUCGAUCUCGAGUUAUUAUUAGCUUGCGAAUAAUAAUUAUUAUAUAAUCACAACAAUGGGACGACGCUUGACCCAUUGAGAUACCAAAAUAAAGCUCUAUAUCUAUAUAAAUAAAACAUCUUGACAUCUGUAAUCUGGCUAAGGUUUGGCUUGAACCCAAAGCUAAAGCUGGCGAGAGAAGAAUUUUGUGCAAAAGACUUGGAUUAAAAACCGCCAAAAUUGUGGAGGCACUUAAAAUGAAGACUGAGCUGCGUUCCUGCGCAGCGUGUGGAGAACCAAUCUCUGAUCGGUUUUUCCUGGAGGUUGGCGGCUGCUCCUGGCAUGCCCACUGCCUUCGCUGUUGCAUGUGCAUGUGCCCCCUGGACCGACAGCAGUCCUGCUUCAUCCGGGAGCGACAGGUGUACUGCAAGGCCGACUACAGCAAAAAUUUCGGCGCCAAGUGCUCAAAGUGCUGUCGCGGCAUCUCCGCCUCCGACUGGGUGAGACGGGCCCGGGAGCUGGUCUUCCACCUGGCCUGCUUCGCCUGUGACCAGUGCGGCCGCCAGCUGUCCACCGGCGAGCAGUUUGCGCUUAUGGAUGACCGGGUGCUCUGCAAGGCUCAUUAUCUGGAAACGGUCGAGGGUGGCACCACAUCAAGCGACGAUGGCUGUGAUGGCGAUGGUUAUCACAAGAGCAAGACGAAACGGGUGCGAACCACCUUCACCGAGGAGCAGUUGCAAGUGCUGCAGGCCAACUUCCAGAUUGACAGUAAUCCGGAUGGCCAGGAUCUGGAGCGUAUUGCCUCGGUGACCGGUCUCAGCAAGCGUGUGACGCAAGUUUGGUUCCAGAACUCGCGGGCGCGUCAGAAAAAACACAUACAUGCUGGUAAGAAUAAAAUACGCGAACCGGAAGGAAGCUCAUUUGCGCGUCAUAUUAACCUGCAGUUAACGUAUUCAUUUCAGAAUAACGCACAGAACCCAAUGCAUAUGAACGGCUCUAAAGCGGGUCUAUACCCGGCACACGAAUCCUCCAUGGAUGAGUUGUCGCAGGACUCGAGUGUGCAUUGCAUGCCCAGCGAGGUGUGACUAGAGCAAUCCUCGCCAGCUCGAGCCCAUCGCUAGGCUGGCCCGCCCAAGAAACGUCCUUUCCUAGUCAAAAUUUUUGUGUAAAUCGUCCACGAAACCAGAAGAAACACUCACAAGCGAACCACCAUACAAAGCAGCCAGUCCCAGUUUAAAAAGGCUUUGAGCAAUCUGUAAUUCUGUAAACCACAAGCGAUUCAUCCAUUCCAUCAGCAUCAUUCACAGUGAAAUCUCAUCGAAAAUAAACAGAAAAACAUUCCUGCAUUGUAGUGUGGCUUAGAAGCUGCAAAACUUA